AUGUAAGUUUUCCCAUUAAAAAUGAAAGAGAGUGAAAAUUUGAAUUCUGAAAGCGAGUAAGUAUAAUAAAUUAUUAGAAUCGUAGUUAAAUGCAUCAACUCUCAACCACUGUCAUCCUUUAACCAUAAUAAUAGAAAACUGAAGAAUAAAUCAAGUCAUUUUUUAAUUUAAGUGUGAUUAUGAUUGCUAUUUAAAGUGGUAACUUUGCACUUGGUUACUCAUUAGCGUAUUUAUCCAUUUCAUUUACAACAUUAUUUUCACAAAUGUAGAAUAUAUCAAAAAUAAAAGUACAUUGAAGUCAUCUGAGAUCGAAGAAUAGGGCUUAUUUAGUGCUGUUUUAUCAAUUGGCCAAAUUUUUGGUGCUGUUAUGACAUCACCAUUGCUUAAACAUGCAACAAGAAAUCAAUCUCUAUUAAUUUCAGAUUUUUUUGGUGUUCUCAGCAUCCUUUAAAUAAUUCCAAAUAGAGAAGUUAUCCUUGUUUUUCGAUUCAGUUUUGGUGUUUGUUUGGGCAUCUCAACAAUAAUAAUGCCAUUAUAUUUAAAAGAACUGUGUCCUCAGAAAUAUUAUGAGUCUUUUUCUGUGAUGGCUGGCUUUUUGGUAGGAGGUGGAUAUUUGUUUGUCACUUUUCUAGGUUUAGGUUAUAUUGAUGAAUCUUUAAAUGGACCUGAGUCUAAUUAUUGGAAAUUUAUUUUUGCAUUUCCUGCUUUAAUACACUUUUUUAGAUCUUUUAUUCUUACAUUUAUAUAUAAAAUGGAUAGUCCCAUAAGUUUGAUUCAAAAGAAUAAAGAUGAAUUAGCCAAACAGAUAUUAAGAACGAUUUAUCAAGCAUAAUUUAUCGAUUAAUCUUUUGCAGAAUGUAAAUUAGGAGUUCAAUAUAAUAUUUAACUUGGAGAAGGGAUACUCAGUAUAUUUACUAAAAAGCACAGAAAAACAGUAACUAUUGGGUGCGUUCUAGUUUUCGUUUAUACUUGGUCAGGAUUAUUUGCAUUAUUUUCUUAUAGUUCCUAAAUAUUCUCAGAGAUGUCGAAAGAUGAUACUACGUUGAAUGCAAUAUUUAAUUUAANUUAACAUUUUGCAUAAGAGAAGCUAUAAUUUGUUUUUUAUUUUUUAAACUUUUUAUAUUUUUAUUUUUUCUUCUACAUUGUUAAUAAAUUAAUCAAUUUUAAAAAUAUUGAAAAUCCAAUUAAAAUUUGUAAUGUAAGUUUUCCCAUUAAAAAUGAAAGAGAGUGAAAAUUUGAAUUCUGAAAGCGAGUAAGUAUAAUAAAUUAUUAGAAUCGUAGUUAAAUGCAUCAACUCUCAACCACUGUCAUCCUUUAACCAUAAUAAUAGAAAACUGAAGAAUAAAUCAAGUCAUUUUUUAAUUUAAGUGUGAUUAUGAUUGCUAUUUAAAGUGGUAACUUUGCACUUGGUUACUCAUUAGCGUAUUUAUCCAUUUCAUUUACAACAUUAUUUUCACAAAUGUAGAAUAUAUCAAAAAUAAAAGUACAUUGAAGUCAUCUGAGAUCGAAGAAUAGGGCUUAUUUAGUGCUGUUUUAUCAAUUGGCCAAAUUUUUGGUGCUGUUAUGACAUCACCAUUGCUUAAACAUGCAACAAGAAAUCAAUCUCUAUUAAUUUCAGAUUUUUUUGGUGUUCUCAGCAUCCUUUAAAUAAUUCCAAAUAGAGAAGUUAUCCUUGUUUUUCGAUUCAGUUUUGGUGUUUGUUUGGGCAUCUCAACAAUAAUAAUGCCAUUAUAUUUAAAAGAACUGUGUCCUCAGAAAUAUUAUGAGUCUUUUUCUGUGAUGGCUGGCUUUUUGGUAGGAGGUGGAUAUUUGUUUGUCACUUUUCUAGGUUUAGGUUAUAUUGAUGAAUCUUUAAAUGGACCUGAGUCUAAUUAUUGGAAAUUUAUUUUUGCAUUUCCUGCUUUAAUACACUUUUUUAGAUCUUUUAUUCUUACAUUUAUAUAUAAAAUGGAUAGUCCCAUAAGUUUGAUUCAAAAGAAUAAAGAUGAAUUAGCCAAACAGAUAUUAAGAACGAUUUAUCAAGCAUAAUUUAUCGAUUAAUCUUUUGCAGAAUGUAAAUUAGGAGUUCAAUAUAAUAUUUAACUUGGAGAAGGGAUACUCAGUAUAUUUACUAAAAAGCACAGAAAAACAGUAACUAUUGGGUGCGUUCUAGUUUUCGUUUAUACUUGGUCAGGAUUAUUUGCAUUAUUUUCUUAUAGUUCCUAAAUAUUCUCAGAGAUGUCGAAAGAUGAUACUACGUUGAAUGCAAUAUUUAAUUUAAUUAUUGGAAUAGUACAAUUUGCUCCUGCUUUUGUAUCUAAAUAUGUAUAUGGAAGAUGGGGUAAAAGAUCAUUGUUAUUAUUUGGAUUGGCUGUCCUGAUUUUAUGUUAGAUACUCAUAAUUGGGCUUAGUUAUUCUGAAGAAUUAUCUACUGUUAUUGUUUCAUUUAUUAUAAUCUGUGUCUUUUCAUUUUAAUAUGUAUUGACUUUAGAACCUAUCACCUGGGUAAAAUCUUCAAUUUAUUAAGUCCAUGAUUCCAGAAAUCAAUUCAAGUGAAGGGACUUAUUUCUGCUUUGUAACUCUGUAUGGUUGGUAAUUGUUAGUCUUGUAUAUAUUUCCAUUGAUGUUGGAUACCUUAGCUAUGAGUGGCUCAUUUAUUGUUUUCUUAAUUCUAACAUUAUUGUCAACAGUAUUCUUUUAUUUUUUUGUGAAAGAAACUAAAGGACUAACUCAUAAGGAAGUCAAUAGACUCUAUGGUAAAGAUUGA